AUGUGCAAAGCCACUCUCAGUCUUGGUCUUUGCAUCCGUUGCCAAAAUGUCGACCUCUGGAUGACGUCCAGCAAGUACUGCAGCAAGGUUCAACCGGGCGAUGUCUGCCGCAACAUGACGAUUCGCAUGGACGACCAGUCUGCUGCCUACGUUCGCGACCAGCUUCCCAGGGGCCACUGCCGAGCGUGUCGUGUGGCUCUGACGGGGGAUCCUGGAAACGGCCCUAGGACGAGCCUCCGUGGACAGCCCGUGGAGCCCAUCAUCGAGUACUAUGUUUUGACUCGCAACAAGAAGGCUGCGGAUGCAGCCCCUAGUCCGAAGCUGAGCCGUCCUCGUAUUGCCGCUCCGAGGGCUAGGCAUAAGAAGCGGUCCGACAGCAUUGCUGAGCACAGGUUCCAUUCCGUCUUCUUCCUCCCUCACGGGGGUGCUCUUAUUCCUCUCCAUGGACACUCUGCCAUGUCCCUCCAUGGAUACCCUCAUAUGGCUGGAUGUUUUUUUCCUGGCCUUUAUUUUCCCGGCGCUAGCUGCUGUCAUCACGAUCAUCCCGACACUAGCUGUCAUCACGAUAGUCCCCGUCCGAGGUAUCAUGACGACCACCUGGGUCCUAGCUUUCGCCCCAGUCCUAAAAAGCCGAGCUUGCCGCCGAAAAGCCCUAAAAGACGUUGA